AUGCGACCAAGCUCGAUUAAGCGCUCCGUCGGGGUCGACCUGGCCCACCGGAUUCAAAAGUCGCGCGUUCUCCUCGUCGGCGCCGGCGGCAUCGGCUGCGAGCUCCUCAAAAACCUCGUCCUCACUGGGUUCGGCGAGGUUCACAUCAUUGACCUGGACACAAUCGACUUGAGUAACCUCAAUCGCCAAUUCCUGUUCCGCCACGAACACAUCAAGAAACCCAAAGCCCUCGUUGCGAAAGAGGUUGCGCAGAAGUUCCAGCCCAGUGCGAAGCUCGAGGCGUAUCAUGCGAACAUAAUGGAUCACCAGUUCAAUGUGGACUGGUUUGCGGGAUUCAACAUCGUCUUCAAUGCGUUGGAUAAUAUCUCUGCCCGACGCCAUGUAAACCACAUGUGCCUUGCAGCAGGCGUGCCGCUGAUCGAGAGUGGGACCACUGGCUUCAAUGGCCAGGUGCAAGUGAUUGAGAAGGGAAAAACCGAAUGCUAUGACUGCAAUGAGAAAGAAACACCAAAGACCUAUCCGAUUUGCACUCUCCGCAGCAACCCGACCCAACCGAUUCAUUGCAUCGUCUGGGCGAAGAGUUGGCUGAUUCCAGAACUUUUCGGAGAAAGCGAGGACGAAUCCGGUACUAUUGAUAGUACAGAAGAUGCAGAAAACGCGGAUGAAAUUCAGAAGCUGCGCGAGGAAGCCUUGGCUCUCAAGGAGAUCCGUGAGUCAAUGGGGUCGGACGACUUCUGCCGGAAGGUUUUUGAGAAGGUCUUCAAGGUUGAUAUCGAGCGAUUGCGCGGCAUGGAGGAUAUGUGGAAAGAGCGUCAGCCUCCGGAUGCUCUCGAAUAUGACAGUAUUGAGCAGGAUCCUGCCUUAUCUUCACCAGCCGCCUCGAAGGAAGAUCGACGAGAGUGGACGCUGAAAGAGAACUUCCUCGUGUUUAAGGAUAGUCUUGACCGCUUGAGCAAACGAUUGAAGGAGCUUGUGGAAAAGGCGACCUCGAGUGAUCCGAAACCACAGCUGUUGUUCGACAAAGAUGACGAAGAUACUUUGGACUUUGUGACGGCAGCAGCCAACCUCCGCUCAAUAAUCUUCCACAUUCCGCAAAAGACGAAAUUUGACACUAAACAGAUGGCCGGCAACAUCAUUCCUGCCAUUGCAACAACAAAUGCCAUGACCGCAGGUCUAUGCGUUCUGCAGUCUUUUAAGGUUCUCCAAGAUGACCUCUCACAGGCGAAGAUGGUGUUCCUUGAGAGGUCUGGCGCCAGAGCCAUUAACUCCGACUCUCUCGAUCCGCCAAAGCCCGGCUGUUCAAUUUGUUCCUCUGCACACGGACGAGUAGCCGCCGACCAGGAGCGCGCGACUCUUGGGGACCUGGUUGAAAUCCUACGGUCAGACCUGGAAUAUGGGGAGGAAUUGUCUAUCGUGAACAGCGCAGGACAAGUGAUCUAUGAUCCAGAUCUCGAGGAAAAUCUCACCCGGAAACUAUCCGAGCCAGCUAUCACAAAUGGCUUCAGCUUUCUUACUAUCCGAGAUGAAGAUGACCAGGACCAAGACCCUCGAGUCAAUCUAGAUCUCUUUUUUGUUGAGAGACAAGAGCCUGCCUCGGAAGACUCGAAGCCAGUUACUUUGCAAGGAACGCUGGAAAUCCCACGGAAACCUAAGAAAAAGAACACGGAGCCGGUUUUUGAAGACGCGUCUACGGCCAAUGGUACAAGCGGAUUGGGUAAACGCAAGCGCGAUGGGGAAGACGAAGUCAUGACCAAUGGCCACGUCGCAAAGAAAGUUGCUGGUGAACAGGCAAAUGGUGACAGCGAUGAUCUAAUUGUCCUUGAUGAAGAGGACAGCGGCGCAAUCUUGAUCGACGACUAG